AUGGGACGGGCGCCUCAUGCCACCCGUCACUGCCCAAAUGCCGAGGAAGACGCUAUCUUCGAGUGGUCAGAUAAACCGCUCACGGCCAAUGACGGUGUGAGGCGCGACAUUCGGGCUGGGCGUCUUCCAGCGAUGUCGGAUUCGAAGCGCCACCGUGGAAACAAAGCGAAGCGACACCGAGAUCUUUCUUUCCGCCCCGAGUCAUCCAAGUCCAGCGUAGGCCAGGAGUUCAAGAAAGCAUAA